AUGGCAGAACAAGCUAAGCGCGGGGCUCUCAUCGUUGUCGAAGGCUUAGAUCGUGCUGGUAAAUCGAGCCAGUGUGAAGCCUUGCGCGACUCCCUCCAGGAGUCGGGACAACCUGUGAAAUAUGUUCGAUUUCCAGACCGAACCACCACUAUUGGCAAGAUGAUCGACGGCUAUUUAAAGGGCCAGUCGCAGUUGGAUGACCACUCAAUCCACCUUCUUUUCUCCGCCAAUCGCUGGGAGGCCGCUAAGGCUAUCGAGGAGGACAUUGCGAGCGGAACCACCGUGAUAGUCGACCGUUACUCGUACUCCGGUGCUGUGUACUCCGCUGCAAAGGGGAACCCGAACCUGUCGCUUGAGUGGGCAUGGCUACCAGAGAUCGGUCUGCCUCGACCUGACAUCUGCCUCUUCUUGCAAAUCUCCCCGGAGCAAGCUGCUAAACGAGGCGGGUUUGGCGUAGAGCGCUAUGAAAACGAACCCAUGCAAAAACGAGUGCGCGAGCUGUUUGGAACCAUCUUCGGCUUGCAGCCAAGCGGUGACAUCCACGUUAUUGAUGCAGGAAGACAGUUUGAGGACGUGUCUAAGGACAUCCAACAGGCCGUAACGGAGCGCAUAUCCCGCUUAAAUCACAUCGGACCUUUGAGGAAGCUGGAGAAAUUUGUAGCUUAA